AUGUGUAACGGUGAGCAUGAAACGAGUUUGAUCUCCGCGAACAGCAAGAUCAUACCCCACAAAAUCCUCCCGGUUAAAUUUCUGAGUUUAUUACUGAACAAGAGAGAGAUGUUUUAUUUUUGUUGUCACGAGAGUAGAACAAAGGAUAACAGUUUGAAUUCCCACGAGGAAUGGAAGGUUAUCUGCGCUUCAAUGCACUGCUACCCAGCUCAAAUUAUGCUCAUGCGCAGCCGCACAGGGAGUCUUCUGAUAGUCGCAGCCCAUCUUCAUAAAGGAGCCUCCUUCCCCUUCCUUAGUUUUGGAAGAAAUGAUAGUGGGAAGUAUCGACUUCAACUGGUUCUUGAUAAUGCAGCGCGAACGAAGGUGAACAGUGAAGUGGAAAUCACAGUGUUGUAUCCACCAGAAUUCACCAGCAUCAGUGAUGAUGUAGUUCUUGUUGAAGGUAAAGGUGACCCCAGUGUUACCUUAGAGUGUACUGCAGAUGGUGAACCAACACCAAACAUCACUUGGACCAGAGUAUAUGAUAAUGGAAGUGAUGGUGGUGUACUGGCAACUGAGAGUCAGUUUGUCCUUGAAAACAACAGAACAAACAGUGGAACAUAUCGCUGUACGGCAUAUAAUGGGAUAGGAACUGCACCAAAUCGCACAGUUAAAGUAGAAGUUAAUUUUAAACCAGAGAUUGUCAAGCCAUUGGUGAAUGAUUCAACUGUCUGUGAAGGUGAUGUCAUUAGUAUCACCUGUUCAGCAGACAGUAGACCUGCAGUGCAUACUUAUCAGUUGUUUGAGAAUGGAAUACUAGUUGCUGAUGGAAACAGCUCAGCUGGGGUGUGGAUAGUAAGGAGGGAUUUAAAAGAAGGAAACUUUAGCUACAGAUGUGUGGCUAAUAACACUAUCAGUACAUCUGAGGAGACUGUCAAUAUCACAGUGAAAGUACCCUCUAAAGUUUAUCCUUUGGAGAACAUCACAGUGGUAGAGGGUGAAAACAGGACUUUAACAUGUAAUGCUUCUGGAAGUAUGCUGACUGUGACAUGGACAGAAGUUAGCACUGGUAAUCAGUCCAAUGGAAUCAUGCGUUAUCUUGCAAACAUCAGCAGGAAUGAUGCUGGUGAAUACAAAUGUGAAGCUAUAAAUGACUGUGGAAAUAGCUCUGCUAGCACUUUCCUCACUGUGCUCUAUAAACCAGAGAAUUUCAAGUUCACAGUGAGUAAAUCAACUGUGUGCCGGGGCACUGUGGUGACCUUCAACUGUUCAGCAGAGGGAAUUCCUGCUGUAGAUAAAUAUCAGUUGUUGGAGAAUGAUUCACCUGUGAGUGAUGGCAGCAACAGUCUUGGAAUGUGGAGCAGGAAUAUGUCAAGUGGAGGAGUGUCCAUCUACAAAUGUAUGGCAAACAACUCUGCUGGAACAGCAUACAGUAUGAGCCUAAAUGUUACUGUAAAUGUACGUUCAUCCAUAGAAGAAAUUGUUGAUCAAAAUGUAACUGAAGGAAAAAAUGUGACCCUUACUUGUAAUGUAUCUGGAAUCCCUCUGCCAAUGGUGACUUGGACGACGCCUCAUGGUCAUAGUACUGCUGAAAAAGUGUUGGUAGUUACAAACAUUAGCAGGAAUCAAGCUGGUGAAUAUAAAUGUGAAGCCAGUAAUGACUGUGGAAAUGCAAUAGAGACAGCAAUUAUUAAUGUGCAGUACGAACCAGACAAUGUCCAGUUAACGAGUUCUGCCAGGAAUAACACAGCAUGUAAGGGAGAAGUUAUCAGCUUUAACUGCUCAGCUGAUGCUAAUCCAGCAGUGACAUACCAGCUGUUCGAGAACGAAACUGCCAUUUUACAAACAAAUUCUGCAGGAAUGUGGAGCAAGACUUUGGAAAAGGAAGGAGUGUUUGUCUACAAAUGUGUUGCCAACAACUCUCUAGGAUCAGCAUACAGCAUGAAUGUUGCUGUUACUGUGGAUGUACCUUCCUCAAUUAUCCAAAUAACACAACAUCAGAGUGUAACUGAAGGUGACAAUGUGACUCUCAUUUGUAAUGUAUCUGGAGUGCCCCCACCAAUGGUGUCUUGGGUGACACCUAAUGGUGAACGUGUUAGUAACUACAAGUUGGAAGUUAAAAACGUUAGCCGGGGUCAAGCUGGUGAAUACAAGUGUGAAGCCAGUAAUGAAUGUGGCAAUGCAGCAGAUGUGACAAGAAUUGAUGUGCGGUUCAAACCAGAGAAUGUCCUGGUAAUGAGUUCAGCUAUGAAUAACACAGCGUGUAAAGGAAAAGCCAUCAGCUUUAACUGUUCAGCGGAUGCUCAUCCAGCAGUGACAUCAUACCAGCUUUUUGAGAACGAAAUUGCCAUUUUUAACACAAGUGCUACAGGAAUGUGGAGCAAGUCUUUGGAAAACGAAGGAGAGUUUGUCUAUAAAUGUGUGGCCAACAACUCUUUAGGAUCAGAAUACAGCAUGAGUGUUACUGUCACUGUGAAUGUUCCUUCUUCAAUUAUCCAAAUAACACAACGUCAGAAUAUAACUGAAGGUGAGAAUGUGAUUCUUGUGUGUAAUGUAUCUGGAGUUCCCCCACCAACGGUGUAUUGGAUGAAACCAAAUGGUGAACGUGUUAGUAAAUACAAGUUGGAGGUUAAAAACAUUAGCAGGAGUGAAGCUGGUGAAUACAAAUGUGAAGCCAGUAAUGAGUGUGGCAAUGCAACAAAGAUGACAAGCAUUGAUGUGCAGUGUAAGUAUAUCAGUCUCUUUCUUCUCUAA